AAAAUUAAAACAAAGGCAUUCUUCCUCUAUGACCGUGACAAAGACGAUUGGCAGACGGCUUUUUCUAAGCCCCACCUUGAUUGGCUGUUUUGUAAUGCACGCCGCAUCGUUUAAGAACACACAAAUCAUUAGACGGUGAACAACGUACGGUGAACUCCAGCUCAAAUUCGUUUCUUACGAACACUGAAGUGUCUUAUGGUUAAAAAUACCACAGAAAACCCUUCAUGUGCUACCGGGUGAUCCAGUCGAAGCGAAUGCUGCGGUUUAUUUAGAAACUUGUUCUUGUAUCUUGUAUUAGGUUCAUCUGCUCGACAGUUUCGUUCAGCACGAAACACCAAGAUAAACAAAUAUGGUUACCGGUCACAUCGUUUUCCUAGCCAUUACGAUUUUUUCUUUCUCGAGUUUUAUAUCAGUUUCCAAAGGACAAACGACAUUGAACGCUCAGGUUACAGAGGACCAAGGAACUGAUUCUACAGUUUAUAGAUUUCCAAGGCCUCCAAGUGGCGAAGUCUAUUCACUCUUUCGAGCCAGCGACAGUUUAACAACCAGUGCUCUAAAAUUAUUUAGAAUAUCAACAUCAGGGGUUGUUACUACUACGAAACCUUUGAUCUACACCGUUGGAAAAUCCAAUACAUAUGAAUUGACAGUCCUUCGUAGAACUCAGGGAGCUACUGAAGGCGGAAUCGCUCAAACUCUCAUAGUUACAGUUAAGGAUAUCGAUAAUUUUCCACCAACAUUCGGUGCGGAUAUUUAUUAUGGAAAGGUUCGAGAGCGUGCCCCCUCUGGAACAGUGGUGGAUGGUUUGGAAAAGUGUUACGCCGAGGAUAGAGAUUCUUCAGGAAUCAGCACUUAUAAUAUCGUUAGCGGCAAUGAAAAACAGUACUUUUCUAUUCAAACUGAUACGAUAGGAAGCCGUAAGUUUCUAACCUUGAAGACCACAAGUAACCCUAUUAUCCGUGAUCCCGAUUCUCCGUUCAUAACAUUAACGGUGCAAGCUCAGAAGUCGGGAACAACAAAGAUCAGAAUUGAAAUAGAGGAUGAUAACGAUCACACUCCUAAAUUUACGCAAGAUGUUUAUUCUGAAAAGGUGCAGGAGGAUGCUGCAGUCCAGACGGUUGUAUCGAGCGUGAGUGCCGAUGAUGAAGACGUUGGAACAAAUGGAGGGAUCUACUAUUAUCUUGACCCGCUGAAUGAUUUCUUCUCGGUAGACGCAAUAACUGGUGCUAUUAGAGUUGUUCAGCCACUCGACUACAGCAAGGGAAGUGAUUACAGUCUAACUGUUUAUGCUAGAGAUAGAGGUUCUCCUUUUAAAUCAAGCUCUGCCAAAGUUAAUAUAAAAAUUGAAGAGAACAUAAGAAGCUACCCCCCUCCUGAUACCCAAAACCCUGGCCAAAACACUCGCCCUUUCUUUCCUGAGGGGUCGUAUGUUACUAGUGUGCGAGAGGAUUUUCCUGAGAAAGGCGCUCUUUUGCUUAUCAGAGCUGCUGAUAACGAUCCAGUGGGACCUAAUAAAAGGCUGAGCUAUGCCCUUAGUGGAAACGAUGCUUCGAACUUUCUUAUUAAUGCUCGUAGUGGACUUAUAACUUUGCAAAAAACAGUGAAUUAUAACAGUAAUGGAAACAACAAGUACUCUUUGCUUGUCACUGCUACAGAUGAAAGUGGCUUGUCUGCUACAAGCAAAUUGAUUAUCGAUGUACAAGAUGUCGAUGAGAAUCACAACGCUCCAACAUUCAAUCCCCAGCGCAAAGUAGUAAGCAUUUCGGAGGAUGCAGCUGAAGAUACGAGCGUAACUACAGUUGUUGCUACCGACUCAGACUCGGGAGAUGAUGGCAAAGUGGUGUAUUCAAUUGCACAGGGUUCUGGUAUGGGGAUAUUUAAAGUGGAUCAGACUAGUGGAAUUGUGAGAACUGAUGCUCCUCUAGACAGAGAGAAGCGCUCUUUCUAUGACCUCGUUAUCAAAGCUGAAGAUAAGGCGACUUUUCCAAAGUCGUCCAAUCUUUAUCUGAUGAUAAACGUCGACGACGUCGAUGACAACUUCCCUUUCUUUUCUCAACCUAUGUACAUUGCAAAAGUCCCUGAAAAAACACCUGAAAACACUUUUGUGACUGUGAUGCGAGCUUCAGAUCCUGAUCAACGCACGUCAUUGACAUACGCAAUUACGAGUGCACAGUCUGCAUUUAAAAUUGAAUCUGCCACUGGUGUUGUGCGAACUGCGCGCUCUCUCGACCCGACGCGCGGUGAAGCAGAAUUUGAGCUAAUAGUGGAGGCAACUUCAACUUCUUCCUCUCAGACGAGAAAAUCAGUGGGACAACUAAACGUGACCGUCACAAGCAAAGCAGAUUCGCCUCCAGUUUUUAAGAACACUCCUUACGCUGUAACUGUGCCAGAAAACCAAGGGGAUAUUUCGAAUUUACUUUGCAUUGCUGCGGUGGACGCUCAUAAUGAUGUCGUCAAGUACAGCAUCGUCUCGGGAGACUCGGACUUUGCUAUUACAAGCUAUUCAGGAAAAUUUUCUGCCAAAAAGUCCUUUGAUUAUGAAGUGGAUGACAAGUAUCAAGUUCGAGUUGAAGCUGUUAGUGGCUCCUCUACAAAGACAGUAUCCACGGAUGUUACAAUUACAGUAUCUGAUGAGAAAGAUCCACCUUUGUUUUCCCAACCAUCGUACACCAUCAGCCUUAAAGAGUCUACUCGAGCAUCAACAACUGUUUCUACAGGGAUCAGAAUUAUUGACAAAGACACUGGGAGUGAUAAGUUUGAAUGCUCAAUGGAAAAGAUCACAACAUUGGAAACAAUUGAAUACCUCUCUGUCAUACAAGAUGGAGGAGAAUGCAAACUUGUUACCAAAAAAACACUUGAUAGUUCUGUUACAGCUCGUUUUGAAUUUGAAAUGCGUGCUACAGACAAAAACUUCAGAGAUAUGUUUGCAACUGCCAGUGUUAUUGUAAAUGUUGCUGAUGAAAACAACCAUGGCCCAGUGUUCUCUGAAACAUCAUACUGGGUUUCUGUAUCCAGUGAUGUCCCAAAAGGCACCAGUAUUUUGAAGCUGUCAACAAUUGAUAAAGAUCUUGGUAGCUUUGGUGAAGUAACAUAUCAAUUGGGUCUUCUUGGUUCAUCUGAUGCUAGCAGAUUUAGCAUUGAUGACAAUUCUGGUGUGAUCUCAAGUUCCUCAAAGCUGAUCAAGGACACAAGAUAUCAACUGCAAGCUAUUGCUAGAGAUGGAGGGUCAAGACAGGCAAAAGUGACAGUAUAUGUUUCAGUCUAUGAUACUGUUGAUACUCCUGUUAAAUUCCAACAACCAAGCUACUCUGCCUCUAUAUUAGAGAAUAAGCCCAAGAACACUGAAGUGGUCCAAGUGCAGGCAACAAAGUCAGGCUCGACCAGUGGCAUCUCUUAUGAGCUUGUUGGUGGAUACAAAGAAGGGAAUGUCGAUAUAUUUCUCAUUGAAAGUUCUUCUGGCAGAAUAACCUUAAACUCUGACCUUGAUCGUGAAAGGAAGUCUUCAUAUGAACUUGUUAUUCGCGCAAAGCACACAGGCGGCAGGGUUGAGCUGGCCACUAAUGUCAAAUGUACAGUGACUGUGGAAGAUAUCAAUGACAUGCAACCUCAGUUUGUUUUUGACAGAGACCCCAAGACUUUCUCAGUAGAUAAUCAUUCACCAGUUGACACUACCAUAGCAACGAUACUGGCCAUCGAUUUGGAUCAAGGUAAUAAUGGCAAAGUCUCGUACUCCAUAGCCUCAGCGUCGUCUAGUACGCCAUUCAAGAUAGAUUCAUCUAAAGGAACACUGAUGACAAAAGAAAAAUUAAACAUCGUUUUCGGCAAUCAAAUAGCAAGCAAGUCCUUUUCGGUGGGCAUCGUAGCAACCGACGGAGGUGGUAAAAGCACCAGCAAAACUGUCGUCGUGGAUGUCAUGAAUGUCAACGAGCCACCAAAAUUUCCCAAGAAAAGCUACAACAGUCCAGUCCAAGAAAACGCUAGAGUCGGAGAUUCAGUCGUGUCAGUAAAGGCUACAUACGCUGUUGCCGACGCCUUCUUGAAGUACAGUAUCAAAAGUGGUAACAGAGAUGAUGCAUUCUGUAUAGAUCGUAAAGGUAAAAUCACCGUGGCUCGUCCGCUGGACAGAGAAAAAGUGCCUGCCUAUAUGCUUUCUGUCGGUGUUGCCCUUGGCAACGAAGAGGACUCUACGACGGUUUACGUUAACCUUACGGACAUCAACGACGAUUCUCCACAAUUUGAAAAAGAGGUGUACUCGUUUUCCAUUAAAGAAGAUGCUGCUCCGGGAACUUUUGUUGGAAAGGUUGUUGCGAAGGACCUCGAUAGUGGUUCAUUUGGUCGGAUAUCCUAUAAAUUACUAUACAGUGUAGACGUAAAGUCACGAGAAAGGUUUCAAGUGGAUGAAAACACUGGUGUCAUAACCACUAAAGCAUUCUCGCCCAACCCGAAGAACCUUCUUCCCCUGGACUACGAAGAUAUCAUACAACAUGUUCUCUUCAUCAAAGCUGAGGAUAACGGAGGCUCAAAGUUAAGCGCUAUUACAGCGGCACACAUCAGUGUGAAAGAUGUUAACGACGAAAGUCCUACGUUUUCUGCAGCAUCAUACAGAGCUAAAGUUUCGCUGGACGCAAAGGUGAACGAUUAUGUUGUCCAGGUUACGGCAACCGAUCUGGACAGUGGAUCCAAUGGCCAGAAGGUAUACUCCAUUGUCAGUGGCAAUGAAGAGGGAGCUUUCGUUAUAAAUCGUGAAAACGGACUCAUCUCCGUGGGAAAAUCUUUAACUACUGUAGCUGCAGACAAGUUUACUCUAAAAGUGAAAGCCGAAGACCGGGGAACACCACCAAGAAGUAACAAAGUAGAUGUGGAAAUCAAUGUAUUCCUUCCCGAUGGCCCCCCAAAGUUUGUAGUGUCCCCUGUUUAUGUGAACGUYACCGAAGGAAUUGCAGCCAAUGAGCGUGUUGCCGUUGCUAAGGCUGCGACAUCUGAGGCUCUUCAGUAUGAAAUCACAUCUGGUAAUACCAAUGGAAUGUUCAAGAUCAACCCUUCCACGGGAGUGAUUCUCACGACACGCAUCUUAGAUUACGAAGAAGCAUCUAAAUAUCAGUUGGAGAUAGAAGCCAGGGACACUCGAGAUCGGCGUGCUCAAGUUGUUGUAAUUUUAUCAAUACUAAAUAUCAAUGACAAUGCUCCUAURUUUCCCGGAGAGGUGCAAGGACAAAUAGAUAGAAAGGUGGCUGGUCCCUUGGCAAAGGGCGUGGUCGUCACACGACUUACAGCCAUUGACAAGGAUAAAGGAGACUUAAUAUCUUACAAACUGUCUCCAGCAUCAGUCCUAGAUAAUUUCGAAAUUGACAAAGACGGCCUACUGAUUGCUAAGAAUAACCUGGCGAACAUCCCAUCGACAUAUCGAUUCAAGAUUACAGCUAGUGAUAACGGAAGUCCAAAACAAGUGCAUACGGUAGAUGUUCGUAUGGUAUUCGUCAAUUAUCGACCAAAACAGCAACCCGUACGGGCGCUAGUGCCAGAAAGCAUUCCCGUGAAUAGUGUCAUCACACGAGUUCCAAAGUACUUUCCAAGUGGGGAGUUUUCUAUCGUGUUUCCUGAGAAAACAAACUUUACUAUUGAUAACUCAGGUUACGUGCGAAUCACAAGCCCGUUAGAUUUUGAAAAGCAGGCAUUCCAUCUAAUAACCGUACGAGAAAAACAGACGGCAGGAAAACUAACCAAUGACUUGGAUGUAGAAAUAACAGUGCUAGACUUGAACGACAAUGCUCCUUACUUUACAAUGACAUCUACCCUUGGCCGCGUGAACAAGAAUUCACGAGCUGGUGCAAACGUGUUUCAGCUUAGUGCUCGUGAUCAGGACAGCGCAUCCAAUGGUCUGAUUGGAUUCCAGCUCCUUCCUGGCGGAACCCCUUUUACUAUCAACCCAUUCUCCCGAAAAAUUGAGGUUGGAAGAAGCUUAACGGCUACUAGAUUUUAUCCAAGGAUCAUUCCUUUUGAUUAUGGAACACCUCAUGUAAAUGGUAGUGCCGCCACAGUCGAUGCUGAAACGUCUUUUACGCCACCCAUUUUUUCCAAGACGAGCUACAAAUUCAGCGUCUUUGAAAGAGCGCCCAUUGGGAAAAGUAUUGGUAAUAUUGAUGCUAGAAGUGUUUCUGGAGCAAGGCUGAAUUACACAAUUAGGGAAGGAGACCCAAACGAUAAAUUCAUUGUGAAAGACAACGGCGAUGUGCUGGUAAACAGUCGUUUGGAUUUUAAAAAUCCCCCGACCACGUUUAACCUCAAAGUGCGAGCAACUGAACAAAUUCCUAAUGGGCUGUACGCAGUCAUUGAUGUACAAAUUGAUGUGGUUAAUGCCAAUGAUUUCCAUCCAUACUUUGAUAAACUUGUAUACAAAGCAACUAUAAGUGAAUCCGUAGGCCUGGGAAGCGUCAUUAAAACUGUCCAAGUUUACGAUUGUGAUUGUCCUUCCGGUUGCAAGUGCAAGCCUGGUUACAUCAAGUUCUCAUUAGAGCCUAAAGGCUCGUUUACCAUUGACGAAGACACUGGCCAAAUUUUGUUAGCACGGACUCUUGACUAUGAAACGAGUAAAAUGCAUCUUCUUAAAGUGAUGGCUACUGACAGUGGCCAGAUAGUGUACAAAGCAGUUGCCUUCGUCGUAAUAACAGUAACUAAUGUCAAUGAUAAUGCACCUGUCUUCAAGAAGAACGACUAUGAAUUCAGGAUAACCGAAGAUGCUGAAACUAACAAGCCCUUGGCGGCGGUUGUUGCUAAGGACAACGAUGGCGACAAGGUUUCAUUUUCGCUUGUCACUGGUGUUAGUAACUUCUUUGUUGAUGUUGACAGCGGCGUCCUUCAACUUAGGACCUCUCUCCCUAUGGGAAGCGAUAAGACAGAGUACACCAUCACUAUCCGAGCAAAAGAUCCUGAUAACCGAUUCAACGAUGUGCGAGCUAGAAUAAACAUCGAGCACAAAAACACCAAAAGACCACGUUUUACCGUAUGUCCUACCAAUCCCAUACAAGCGAAAGUUCAAGAAAAUCUUCCAAAAGACCAGCUGAUUACCAAAGUGGUUGCAGUUGAUGACGAUAAAGGUAGACAUGGGGAUAUCGAAUAUUCCCUGGUUCCAGUCGGAGGACAGAACUUCUUCUCUAUCAACAACCGCACAGGUGAACUCUUCACUACCACGAGCCUGGACAGAGAAAAACAAAAAACCUACACUGUAAUUAUUCGAGCUGAAGAUGGGGGUCAUGGAAAAAUCCCUGAAGAACGAUUACUAACUUACUGUUUCUUGCCCGUCGAGAUUGUCGAUGUGAACGACAACUUCCCUAAAUUCAUCACCCGUACUUACCAUGGCAGUAUCCAGAAUAACAAGCCAGUAGGAACAUCCGUUUUAACGGUUAGCGCUACGGAUGAUGAUUUUGGUAGUAAUGCCGAAGUGGUCUACUCCCUCAAGUCUUUCAGUGACAAAUUUAGAAUUGAUUCUACAACAGGCGAGAUUAAGACAAGUGCAGACUUAAAUGGAAUCGAGAGCAAGGAGUUUUUGACUGUUGUCGCAUCAAACAAACAGGCCGUUCAGGGAAGCCCGUCUGACGAUCGCGAUAGAGAGACGACAGUUGAGAUAUACAUAUCUUCUAAGGUGCCUCCAGUAUGUCAGAGUAACCCGUUUAGAGCUAGUAUUGACGAAGCUUUGAAAACAGGUUCCAAUGUUCUACAAGUACGAGCAACCACUAAAAGUGGAGCAAACAUUCGGUACAGUCCUGUAAAAGCAAACAUCGACGUGGAUGAAAAGUUCAGCGUAAGCCCAAGCGGUUUAGUAACCACAGCGUCACAGCUGGACUACGAAAUCCUCCCAGAAAACGAUAAGAAAUUCCGACUUCAAGUUCGAGCUCAGGAAGAUGGUACCAACCUUUUCUCCACCUGCGAUGUAGUUAUUGAACUCAAAGACGUGAAUGAUGAUAAACCAACAUUCGAUCUCGGUAGCUAUGAUGCAAGAGUGCUAGAAAAUGCUCCUUCUGGGACAACAGUUAUGAAAUUGAUAGCAAAAGAUAGAGAUCAAGGAGAGGCUGGCAAGGUAUCUUACUACUUAAAACCUGAUGAUAAUUCUCAGUUUUUCUCGAUUGAAUCAACGACUGGGAUAAUAACGACCAGGACAUCUUUUGAUCGAGAGAAAAAGGAUAAAUACAGCAUUGUCGUGAUAGCGAGCGACAAUGGUGUUCCUCAGCUGUCUGAAGAAGUAACCGUCAGAAUACUCGUGGUAGACGAGAAUGACCAGUCUCCCAAGUUCAACCAAACACUAUACAUGGUCAGUGUGCCUGAGAAUGCUCCGCUUGGAACCAGAAUCCUUCAGCUGAAUGCUAUUGAUCUUGACGUCGGAGACAACGCCCUAAUAGAAUUUUUUAUCUCUGGUGGAGACAGCAGUGGUUUUUUUGCCGUGGAGACGCUUAGUUCCGGCGGCAAUAGGUACGGGAUAUUGGUGGUUGAUGCGAAGCUUGAUUAUGAAACCAAGAAGACAUAUUCCAUCCAGGUUUCCGCAACGGAUGGAAGAACCAGCGAUCAGGCCACAGUUAAUAUAAACGUAUUGGAUGUCGACGAUGUAGCCCCAACUUUCCGGGAACCGAUGUAUGAAAGGAGCAUCGAAGAAGGCAGUCCAGCUGGGGUAACUGUCAUUAGGUUGACCGCAACUGAUGUUGAUACCCCCUCCAUCUCUUAUAGUCUUGGAUCCCGAGCCGAAAACUAUUUCACAAUUACUACUGAAUAUGAGAGCGGAACAAAUUCGUAUGUGGGAGUCAUCAAAACGGGUAACAAGAAACUCGACCGAGAAGAUUCGCCUAUCAAAAUGUUCACAGUCUUUGCAAGUGACAGAAUCCGUCAGGGGCAAACAGAAGUAAAAAUAAACUUGACCGAUAUCAACGAUCGGAGCCCAAGUUUUCCCAGUGAUCAGGUUUAUAUUGGGUAUGUAAAGGAAAACAUGCCUCCAGGGACUAGUGUGAUGUAUGUGCAGGCUGUAGAUGAUGAUGAUCCUUUCUCUGGCGGGAACGCUAAGAUCAAGUAUGAUCUCAAAAACAAUGCCGGCAGUAAGUUCAACAUUGAUCCCGAUACUGGUCUUAUAAAGACAACAGUGACGUUUAGCCKAGAUAACCAGCCCACAUCGUACGUUGUGACAGUAAGAGCCACAGAUCAAGGCAGCAAAAACCAACUAACGUCUACAAAGGAUGCUACAAUAUACAUCGAAGAUGCUAAUGACAAAAAGCCUGCGUUCACAAACACUAUAUUCAGAGGUACGGUGCCCGAGAAUGCACCCCCAGGGUACAGGGUUACGGCUGUUAGUGCAACGGACAGUGACACCGGUCCUAACGCUGAGCUAGAAUUUGUAGUAACUUAUGGUAAUGAACCUCUCGCGUUUUACCUUAAUCCUUUCAAUGGAACGGUAUAUGUCUCUGGGAUUAUUGACUAUGAAGUUAAAAAAUCCUAUAAUCUUACUGUUACUGUGGCAGACCGAGGAAUGCCCCCUUUGAAAGCUGAUAAACCGGCGUACGUGCUCAUCACAGUCACCGACACUAAUGACAAUGCCCCAGUAUUUGCUCCUAACCAGUAUAACAAAACAAUAAGUGAAGGUGUGCCAACAGGAACUGUGGUUCUUAAAGUGACCGCCACGGAUAAGGAUAGUGGGACCAACGCUAAAAUGGACUUCACUAUCACUAAAGGUAACAAAGAUGACCUCUUCACGAUCACACCUGAUCCAAAGGAUCCUAAUGUUGGCCUUGUGGUUACUCGACUGCCGUUAGACCGCGAAAAGAUUCCUAUUCAUCACCUGGAAAUCACAGCUACUGACAGUGGUGGGCUUAAAGAUACAGCAGACGUAUGGCUGACUCUUGACGAUGUCAACGAUAAUGGGCCGUGGUUCCAGCCACCUUUCUUUGUUGGCAAAGUCAAAGAGAAUCUUGAUGCAGCACAGUUUGUCACUCUGCUCAGCGCGUACGAUCCUGAUUCUCCAACCAACGGCGGUCCGUUUACGUAUUCCUUAGUAAAUGGCACACUUAACAACAACUUUAGACUUGUGGAGCCUGCGACAUACAAAAACGCAACGUCCAUCGUUAACUCCUAUGGUAUCUUUGAUCGAGAAGUUACACCUACUUGGAAGGUUGGAGUAGUUGCAGAGGACAGUGGCAAGCCCAAAAAGACAAAUUUUACCUAUUUGUACGUAGAUAUAAUGGACGAUAACGACAACGAACCUUUUGAUGGAUCAAUGCUGAUCAUAUUGAAUGCAUACAAAGGAGAAUUCAUAGGAGGUCCAAUUGGUAAACCCUAUUACAAAGAUGCUGAUUAUGACGGUGAUGUGAAUACUUACACCUUGAACAGCCAGUCCCCUGGUACCUACUUCAAAGUAGAUCCAAACAGCGGCAAUAUCACUGCUGAUCCAAAGAUCCCUGUGGGUGAAUACAACCUUGAUAUUAAGGUCACUGAGUCCUCAAGCGCCAGCAGUCCUCGCAGGAACGCUGUCAACUUUCCAAAGACUGUAACCUCGUCAGUGAAGGUCUUGGUUCGCAGAAUCGACCCCGUUGCUGUCAACCAUAGUGUCGCACUUCAGUUUACUGACAUGAGAAAAGUUGGCUACUUUGUUGGCGAUUAUUAUGACCCUGUAGUUUCUGUUAUACGUGAUACUUUAGAGGUUCCAAAAGACAAGAUUGAAGUGUUUAGUGUUCAAAAGGCAACGGACAGGCUGCUUUCUGUGAAUGCACAGUUUGCAGUCAAGGAUGGAGAUUCUUACAUGAAGCCAAAGGAUGUAAUCGACAAGCUUACUGCUAGAAAAUCUAGAUUUGAGACACUAGGUUUAAAUGUAGGAGAAAUUGGUAUAGAUAAGUGCGCAAGGGAAAAGGAAGAUGUUGGAAAGUGCGUCAACGUCGUAGAAACCUCUUCUGCGUACCACGUAGCAAGUGGCGAUUAUGGAAAAGUGCCUCCGCCGGAUUCAGUCACAAGCAUCGUAUCUAUGGACGUGGUCCUUAAAGACAAAUAUGAAUCAAUCAUUACACCGCAGGGUAAUUGUUCCUACAGCAAUCCUUGUCUUCACGGUGGGACGUGUCACGAUUCUGUCCCGUAUGGCUACAUGAUCUGCGAGUGCCCGCGUGAAUACCAUGGGCCACGGUGUGAACAGACAACAAGGAGUUUCUAUGGCAAUUCCUAUAUCUGGCUACCGAAAUUAUCAGCGUAUGAUAUUGGUGAAAUUAGCUUUGAAUUUAUGACGCAGAACAAAGAUGGAUUAAUGCUCUACCAAGGACCAUUAACAAAGGAGGGAAACAACGGAAUUAAAGAUUUUAUGGCUGUACUUCUGCGUGAUGGUCGUGUCAUGGUCAUGAUUUCCCUUGGCUCGAAUGCUAUUACAAUCAACAUGACCAAAGGACCCCGACUGGAUGAUAAAGAAUGGCACACCGUUCAGAUCAAACGGGAUUUAUUCGACAGAAAGAUGGUUCGGGUUAUCAUCGACAAGUGCGAGAAGGCCUCAAUCGUUGAGGAAAACGGAUUGGUGAUUGAGAAUCGAGAUACCUGUGAAGUGACUCAACGAGUACUUGGAAGAAAAACGUAUUUGAAUGGAUUUGGUCCUCUUCAAAUCGGAGGUGCAUCCACAGACUUGUCGUUCCUUGGCAUACCCACACAGGGAUUCGAUGGAUGCAUUAGGAACAUCAUCGAUAUAUACACCAUGUACGACUUAAAGUAUCCUCUCAGGGUUGUUAAUGCCCCAGAAGGUUGCCAGCCUGCACCCAAAUGUGCUGAUAAGUGUAAUGGGCAUGGCUAUUGUGAACCAGGUCUCACGAAGAGUAUCUGCGUUUGUGACAUUGGAUACAGUGGAAGUACUUGCGGUGAUCGAAGCCCAGCCAGUUUCUAUCUACCAAACAGUUUCUCUCAGUUCCUACUGAAUACUAUGCGUGCCAAGCGUGACUUGAUCCCUCCUCCAGAGUCCCUCACCAAUGAGUUUUACACAAACAUUGCAUUGAAAGUAAGAGUAGAUCCUGAUGCUAAGGACUGCGUGCUCUUCCUUUCGUCAAACUCCCUUGGUACAGAGUUUAAUCGAGUUGAUAUCAAGAACCGUGUCAUCCGUUACAUUUUCCGUCUUGGAGAUCGCAUGAAAAUCCUCACUAUCCCUCAAUUUAACAUCACCGAUGGAAAAUACCAUACCGUUGUAAUCAAACGUGAAGGUAACUACGCGUCAAUGCAAGUUGAUUAUCAAGGAUUUGUAGCUGGAAACACCGGUGGUGUUCACAAACUCCUCAACAUGGGCGGUGGCAGCUUCUUCACUGGAGGUCUCCCCAACAUCACCGAAGUACGAGUUAUUGAAGCUAUAAUCCUAAGCGGUGGCAAUGCUAUUCUACGUACAGCCGAUGGAAGGGUGUUGGCUAGCGGAAUCGGUAGUGGUAGCGGUGGCACCUCAUUUGGAUCGGGAAUGGCGUCCAGUCUGAUCACCGUUUUGUCUAAUGGCCAACUUGCUGUAAACGAUGUCAUUGAUUCGCAGGCUAUUUUUGCAAGCGGGGCAGGCGUUCGUGGUGUUGCUAUUGAGAGUUUUGAACAGGGAAAGACCUCUAUAGAGGUUCUGAAUGGACGAACAAAUGGCAAGUUCGGCACCGCUAUAGGUGCACAGGGCGUGUCAAUAAAAAACAAAUACAUCAACUCCGGUUCUUAUGAGGGCGGUGUUCCCAUGUAUGAUAUAAACGGUAAAGAGAUCUCGACCUAUGGCAGUGGUAUCAAAUGGGCUGUCCCAAGUGGUGGAAUACAGACAGGAGCCGGAGCCGGCGCCGGAGGUUCAUCGGGAGCAGCUCACGUCAUCGGAGACUUUGAGGGUUGUACCGCAGCGAAUCGCUUCAAUGGUGUUGACCUCGAAAAAGACAAGUCUAUUGAUGUACGUCGCCAGAAUGUUGUUGAUGGAUGCCCGUGUGAGCCUGGGUUCUGUCUCCAUGGUGGCACGUGUGUGUUUGCUGAUCCACAAUACUGUAUUUGUCCACCUGGGUGGGGUGGUGUACGCUGUGAGACGAUUGUUACUAAGCCUAACCCAGGUCAAAGACCCGGCAGCAGAUGGCAGAAUCCUGCUGUCAUUGCUAUGGUCUUAGUGGUAUUAUUAGCUGUUAUGAUUAUCAUGCUAGCCGUCUUACUUAAACGCCGUCAACCUCCACCUGUCGUCCCUGUGGCUCUAGAGGAUGGCCACGUGCAUGACAACAUUCGUCCAUACCAUGAUGAAGGUGCAGGUGAAGAAGACAACUUUGGGUACGAUAUUACUCAGUUAAUGAAGUACACCUAUGUAGAAGGGGGCGGAGGUGCUGGCGGUUAUGGUGCUGGUGGAGGUGGCGGUGGCGGUGGCGGUAUGGGAUACGGUGCUGGUGGUGGCAUGGGAUAUGGAGCAGGAGGUGGAAGAGGCAACGGCUUUGGAGCAGGAGAAGAAUCAAUAACAAUAGCCGAAGACAAGCCCUUACUGCAAGGCGCCUUCAAUGGAAAUGGUCAGCAGUUUGGCGUGACCACCAUCACGAGAAAACGUGUCAUCAACCCAGAUAGUAUGGACGUUGGGAAUUUUAUCGAACAGCGAGUGCACGAUGCCAAUGGAGAAUACUUCAUCGCGCAUGACUCUCUGCACAUGUAUCGAUACGAAGGUGAUGAUUCAGAUGUGGAUGACCUCAGUGAGAUAGGUGACAGUGAUAAUGAAGAGGACGAGGAUAAUCAAAGCUAUCAGUUCCUUAACGAAUGGGGUCACAAAUUUGAAUCCCUGAAUCGCAUAUACAACCUAGAUUAAUUUAUUAGGUAUAGGUAUUCGUUCUCGUUCCAUUUUUCAUUUAUGUUCAGAUAGUCGUCUGAAUAUCGUUUUCGAAAAAAAAUGCCUUUAACCAUAGUCAUUGAACUGUAAAACAAAAAGAGAAAUGCAUACCAAAUCCAAAACGUUCAAUGAGUUCACCCAGCUUUCGAGCCAGAUUCGUAUGACUAUAAAUCCCUUAGAACACAGCAAAAUGUAUUCUAGCAUUCUGAUUUGAUUAACACUACACCAAAGCUUGCUUAGAUGAUUGGUUAAUUCAUCAAUGAGCAUGGCGUAGUUUUUCACAGUCGUACGAAAUAUUUUCCCAGUGCGCGCCACUAACACUAAAUGCAAACGAUAUCCAUUCUAUCGACUAUAUUUAUAGGUAUAGAUUUUCUAAGUAGACUUGAAUUGCUCUCCCUUUAAGGUGGUAUUCCGCUAUAAAAAAGUAAAAACGUCUAAGCGCACUAACUGCAAAUGCUGGAGCGUAUUCCAUUCACUCAUUAUUCCUUGUGAUUACAAGUUCUUAAUUUGCAAUUAUUUUUUCUUUUUUUGUCCGACGCUAUUUUUGUGUUUCUAGUUUUGAAAAAAAUAUGCUAAAAUCAUAAAUAGACAAUAUGUUAUUUUUCUUCAUUCGACUCAGUUGAGAAGAUUAUUUCGCGCUUACGCCAAAAAACAAUUGUAGAAAAACGAAAUCCAAGAAAAACCGCUUAAGAUAAGUUAUAUUUCUUUCUAGGAUUUCCAUUCUCGUAUUUAUUUAGUAUUUUUAUAGUUUGAAAAAGAUGAGAUCUAAAGAUUUCAUUCAUUUCGCACGAGCACCAAUAUUCGCAUCCUUUUCAAGAAAACGUGUUAUAGUAUAUGAGAUUAAAGUUAACUUCCUAUCUUUCAAAGAUACGCAGCUUCUUUGGCCUCAUGACCAAAGUAAUAUUUUCUGUAGGCUUUACAUGAAUCAAAUAGUGUGACAAUUUAGAUAGACGCAAUAUGUCUAGGAUAGAUAAGAUCACGUGACUGAUAUCAAGCACGUGGUGUUAUCGCGUUAGAGCGGUGAUUGUCUUCGAGAAUGUUCCACAAAAACGACUCCAGGUGUUAUUUAUAUUAAGAUUACUAGAUUAGAAUCCAGGAGGUUUGUCGAAAUAACACUUAUUGUAUCUCGGUUCUGUCAAGAUAGAGGGCUGACUGUCUCGCACUUGUACUAUCAGUGACUCCAAUGAAGUUAAAAACAGUCCACGGCGAACGCUAGCUUGGACUAAAUUGAUGUAAAAAUAGUCUUGUGGAGUAUUUUGUAUAGAUUUUUUGUGAUUGCUAUAUAUUAAACAGAAUAGUUUUAGUAAAAAUCGAUUGUGUUAUU